GCCAGAGCUUCCACAGAAAAUAUUACAGAUCAUCGAUGACAAAGCCGGGCGCGCUUUUUCCAAGUUCAUCAUCUAAGUUCGGAAUCGAUCAGAGAGGAGGCUCACGGCAGUCUCAGGUGAUCGCAAAACUGAAGCCAAAGAUCAGAGUAAUUCACGUGGAUGCACCUAAAAUAAUACAAACUGAUGCUGCGAAUUUCAGAGACCUUGUUCAGAGAUUGACCGGCAAGCCUGGAUAUAACCGGAGGACUGUGGAAAAACAAGAAGAAGGAGAGGACUUUCUGGGUCUGCGAAAUGGCAAGAGGAUCAAGAAUGAAGAAGAAGAAGAAGAAGAUGAUGAUAAUGAGAUAUCGAGGAGGUCAAAGUCAAACAAGGAGAUCAGGUUGGGUGGUUUCUUUGAUCAUCGUCGUCAUCAUGCUGGGUUCUCUGAAGUGGAUGGCUUUAUGGAACAGUUAAGUGCUAUGAACUAAUAAUUAAGGCCUUCUUUUACGCUGUAUUAUUAUCAAUUCUCAUCUCUUUAAUUUAUCUCAUCUCCUUGGUUUGUAAAUAUAUGUAAAUAAGAACCUGUGCUUCUUCGAUCCACUUCAGAUACGACUCUUAGCUUUCUUUAUUUUGAAUCAAGUUUGUUUUGUUUUGACUUUAACAUAUAAUUGGAUCCUUUUAAUGAUCCAGUGGAUUUGUUA